UUCUCCUCCGCUGUCCGCUGCGGACACGCCCCCUCUGGUUUCAGGAAGCGGAAGCAGGAAUGUUGCAGUGUUUUCAGAAAAGUUUGGAGAAGUUUGACAGUUUGGAAGCAGAGACACAAACUGCGGAGAAACAUGACGGUGUGUUACCUGCUGCUGAUGUUGCUGUAGAGUCGUCAGUCGCCUCUGACUGACUGGCCUCAACCAGACACAGAAAGGCAGAUAUGGAGAGUGGAUCUCUGGAAAUGGACACCAGCACUGCUCCAGAUCCCAGAGUGCAGUCAGACCGCCGCUUAGCCAGCCUGCGGCGUCGGGCCUGGGCCCAGAGUAGAGACUCCAUCUGGCAAGAAUCAGAAGAGAGCUGUGGCCUCCAGGGGCCCCAACAGAAUGUAAUGGACGGGGAAGAACAAAGACCCUCAGAAGAACCAGGGCGGGUUCCUAACAAGAUCACCAGCUGGCUGAUUGAAUGCAGGACUCCCCUCGGAGCCUCUUUAGAUGAUCAAAGUGCUUCUCCAAGCAGAGGAGUGCUGAAGAACGGCUGCAGCUUUGAAGAUGACCUUUCACUGGGAGCUGAAGCCAACCAUCUUCAGUCCAGUAACAAUAAAACUGAAUCCUGUUUUGGUCUUGCGGCGGAUCAGAAGAGGAGUCAGUAUAAAGAGAGAGCAAGAAGUAUGAACUCCACAGGAUCAGGGAAGAGCAGCACUGUAUCCAGUGUGUCAGAGCUGCUUGACCUGUACGAGGAGGACCCUGAAGAAAUCCUCUUAAAUCUUGGUUUUGGUCGAGAAGAACCCGACCUAGCCUCAAAGGUUCCCUCCCGUUUCUUCAGCAACUCUUCCACAGCGCGAGGCAUCGACAUCAAGGUCUACCUGGGAGCUCAGCUGCAGCGCAUGGAAGUGGAAAACCCCAACUACGCUCUGACUAGUCGUUUCCGUCAAAUCGAGGUCUUGACUACAGUAGCUAACGAGUUUUUCCAGCUUUACAGUCAGGUUUCUGGUCAGCCUCUCCAACGCAUCAGCUCCAGGGACCAAGCAGGAGACAGAGGAGAAGGAGAGGGAGAUGAGUCAUCUCCUCUGCUGAGGAGGACUGGCUCGGCUCGAAACGUUGCCAAAUUCCUCAAGAAAACCAUCACCAAACACAACCUGUAUGCAGCCGCCGCCGAGUCGCCUGAAGCACACAAGCCUGACCAACACACACAGCCGAACGGACACGCAACCCCUGAUCACACACACACCAAUGGUCACGCACACCCAGGUCCAGAAGAGGACGGCUGCAGUACCGACUCCGACCACCAGGCGGAGACUGUCAACCAGAAACACAUGCGCAAGAAAGACAGCUAUUCCCUGGCAACGGUUGCCGAGGAAACCAACGGGGAUGGAGACGACAGCCCUGAACAGAGCAAAACCGGACCAGCAGCCAAUGGAGAGCAUCAACCAGAAUCUGACUCUCAGUCAACCAAUCAGAGAAUAGAAGAAGGAUCCCAGGUGGUCAAAGAGGACAAGGAGAACCUGACCUCUACCCCAGAGAAAGCCCCCCCCACCCUGGCCCCGCUCCAGCUGGCCCAGCUUCGCAUGGAAAACGCAGACUCUUUCGACAUGGAGGAGAUUCAGAGUAACGAAGAUGAGGCUCUGCCACCUAAAACUUCCAGAGCUACUGAUCUGUUAAGGACAGUCAGUCAGCAGUCAGACAGCAGUGGUUUUGCUGAGGAGCCCUCGGCUGACUCCAACAGCUACCUCAAGGUGCAGGAGAGCAGUGACAGCUGUGACAGCGAGACGACUGUGACAUCACACCCCUCACUAGAUGUGGCCACGCCCCUCGCAAUGGACCAACCAGCAUUCGAGCUGCCAGAUGGCCGAGAGGAAGAGGCGGGGCCUGAUGGUGCUGCUGGGGAUGAUAGGAGUUCAGAGCAGGUUCCACAGUACUCAGUCCACCACCUCCCAAGGAACAAACCAAUGGAAACGCAGCAGGAUAAGACCCGGGAGGAGGAGAAAAUUGAGAGUGGGGACCGGAUUGAUCCUGAACCAGAACCAGAACAGGAGAUUUCCCAGAGUUUGUCCGCUGUAGAACAAGAACCUCAACACACCCAGAACCAGACCGAGACAGCUACAGACACAGAAUCACCCACGGACGGAGUGGGUGCUGAGGACGAGGCCCAAGAAGAAAAUGCAUUCUUGGAUGAUUCUCCACUUUGUCCUCCUCCUGCUCCAUCCUCUCCAGUUCUAAGCGCUCUGAUCCGAGCCAAACAGAGCCAGCUGACCCGGGGUGGGCAGCGGGUUGACCCCCAGUCUGCCGAUUCGCCCCAAAUCCCAGGCAGAGGACGAGGACGAGGAAGGCGCGGCGUCCCUAUGCAGCGGUCGUCCUCCCUGCCCUCCUCGCUCCUCUCGCCCUCCAGGGUCGUGUCCUCUGUCAGGAUCCAGUUUGGGCGAGGCCAGGCGUCCUGCACGCAGCCCAGAUUCUCCUUCAAAUACAACCAGGAGGCCGAAGGGGACGGGGACGGGGAAGAGGUAGAGGAGGAGGAAGGACAAACCAACUGUCUGUCUACUUUGAUUAUAAACCCUGCCUCCUCGUCUGGCUCUAUCAACCAACCACUAAGGCUUCCCACAGAAGCUCGCAUCCCACCUAAACCUAUCCCACGCCACCUGCUGCGGUCAACCUGCUCCCUGCAGAGCUGCAGCCCUCCUCCUGAUUGGUCACCAGGAAGCCCUGCCCACUCCUGGAGCACCCAGAGCGUUCCUGAUCUCUCCUCCAAUCAGCGGCAGCCGUGCCAGUUCCAACAGAACAUUAGCACCAACCAAAACCAUUACCGUUACCCUAAUCCUAAUCCUACAGCUCAGUAUGUUAACCCAAGCCCCAAUCCUAGUCCCAGCCUUAACUCCAGCCAAUACCCCUUCACUCUGAACCCUCCUCCACAGUAUCCUGCCCCUCUCCAUCCGUAUGCCAGUCUUCCUAACCUUCUUCACCACCACAACUUGUCCCACCAUUCUAGUCUAAACAGUCUCUACCAACCUACAACUCCCACAAUGCCCCAGCACGAAAGCCUCUCCAACUUGCAUCAGCCCUCCACUUCCACGGCAUCUCACCACGUCAGUCUGGGCAGCCUGCAUCCGAGAACUCCAGCAAUGCACCACCAGGGCUACAAUCAUCUAUACGGCCAUCAGUCACCCUACCAUGCCACUCCUCACGGCUCGCAGUUUGCCUCGCCCUACCUCGGCCACCAUGGGUACAACAUGAACCCAAACCUGGCGUUUCCACACCUGGCCCCAGAACACAGCCUCCAUCCAGGGUUUGCUCCUCCUGCUCCAGGUUACUUCCCAGACCUGGCCUCAACCCUAGGCCCAAGUCACAGCAUCCACCCGGGGCUGGCUCCUUAUGUUGCUCCAGGUCCGGGACCCAGUCAGGGCCCGUCCAGCACUGAGAUGCAGCUGAGGAGAGUUCUGCAUGACAUCAGAGAAACGGUUCAGAGUCUGAGCCAGAACCGAGCCGACACUCCAGACGCGUUCAGGGAGCACAGAGCAGCUCGGCCCAGCCACCAGUCUUUGGCAGAGUUUAAGCAGAAGAGGCAGAGUCUAAACUUAUUCCGCAGUCAGAUGAUGGACCUGGAGCUGUCAAUCAUCCGACAGCAGGCUCUGGUCUACAAACACCUGAGCCCUGCCGACAGGAUGGAGGUGGAGCAGCUUCAGUCUCUGAGGUCAGCAGUGAGAGAGGAACUGCAGGAGCUGGAACAACAGCUGGAAGACAGACUGAUGGAGGUGACACAUCACACCCAACACAGGAGUCUCCAUAGAGACGGCAGUCUUGACAGCCUGUCCACCGCCUCUGCACUAAGAGCCAUGGAGCCGGUGUCGGACCUCCUCAGAGAGCAGCUCUACCUCCAAUCUGAGCUCAGCUACGACGGUAACACCCCCUCCACCGACUGCUCCUCCAGAUCCUCCAGUCCAGUCCGAGGAGGAAGCGGCGAGCAGAGAGGAGGCGUGUACCGGGCAUCAAUUAACAUAAACCCUGCCCCCCCUCCUCGACCCAACACACACACUGAGGAAGAGAAGGAGGGAGAGAGGGACGGAGGAGAAGGAGGAGAAAUACAAGAGGAGGAGGGAGCAGCAGGAGAAGUCAGAGUGGGGAACCUGCAGCAGCUUAUCAGAGAGAUUCGAGAGAGCGUGGCGCAAGAGGUCCGACAGGAGAUCUACAGUGAGCUGCUGGCUGCCGUCUCGCCAAGGCGAUCGCCCCUGCCCGGCAAGAAACACCCGCAGUAGUUGCAGCAACAGCAAUGCACCGCCCCCUUUCACCUUCAGCCUUAGUUACCACAGCCUGAGCAGCAACGCCGUCUGUCUGUAACACUGUAUAGCUGAGUAACACUGUCUGUGUGGAACACUAUGUGUCUGUAACACUGUAUGUCUGGAACACUGAUGAUGAAAUGAGCACAUUGCCUACAUGUGAUAAACCCCACCCGGGCCUCAGAUGGGACGUUUACGUGUCUGCUUGGUUCUAAUGUGUUGGUGUGAUGCAUGCUGGGAAAGCCAGUCUGAACCAGCCUGUGCCUUUGAACCAUCAGCGAGGAUGUGUUGUCUUUUCAUCCCAUCCUGUUUUGUUUUUUUAAGCUGUUUUGAUCAAAGCCAGGCCUCUAACUGCUACACUGCCACUAAUACUACGAGUACUACAACUAGGACUGCUAACAGUCGUACCAGUGCUACCAGUAACACCACUACUAGUCCCAGUCAUGUCCCCAUCAAGUUCUUUUGCCCCAGAUCAGUCCGUCCUGAUGAUUAUGAUAAUAAUAAUAAAUAAUCAGUUGCUUUUAAUUUUAAACAGUCAUUCAGGUAGUAAUUUGGCUGAUUGGAGCCUUAAACAUGUUAUCAGAGCAACACACAGGACUAACUUCCCUUACAAAUACUGUAUGUGCCUUAAUGAACUAUUGAUCCAAGCUUUUCGUUUGGGGUUACAUUCCUUGAUCCUAAAUAAGAGUAAAGUCUUAUGUCAAACUUUUACCCCUUAAAGUUCCAUGCACAUUUUACCUUCUCUUAAAAGUUUUAAAAAGAUUUUAAAAAUAUACAAUUAAGGGAUCCAAUCCAACAUCUGUCAACAUUCCUUCAUCAUCAUCAUCAUCCUCAUCAUCAUUGUCGUUGUGCUUUUGUUCCACUUGCCUCAUUCACAGUUGAAUCUGUUUCUGUUUCUUUGUGAUUAGUGCUAAGCUAGGCUAAACACAUCCUGAACUGAAGGGGUUCACAAAAUGUUGGACUGUUCCUUUAGGGUUAGGGUUUGUGUGUGUAACACUCACACUCUUUGCUUUGUGUGUGUGUGUAUUGAUUGUUACAGAGCAGGUGAAGAGGUUAGUGUGUUUGUCAUGAGGUACUGUGGAGGUCAAAGCUUACUCUGCAGCAGGAGGUUUCAGUAAGUUGUCAUGGUGACAGUGAUGAUGAUGAUGAUGUUGUUGAUGAUGAUGAUGGUGUAAUGUCAGGUCAUAGGGAGGAGCUUAGCGAGCCGGGUCAUGUAUGGGUGAACGGGCAGUGGAGCCCAAACCUUAGCUGCGUUAGCAUGUUAGUCACCUUAGCAUGUUAGCUUCCCACUGUCCGAUGACAAAUCUGUGUGCAAUAAUACAAACAUAUAUAUUGAUUACUGAGACUAAUGUAAAUAGAUUAUCAGUAAAUCACUGCUAACAUUUUAGGUCAUUCACUUCAGCACAAACUGUCUACCAGCACGUCUGAUACUAAUUAAUCUGCAGUAGAAACUCUUGAUUUUCCUCCUCUUUCUACAGAAUCCACAGAAGUGAUUUAUCACUGAACAUUGAAUUACUAAUGACCAUUUAAAGAACAUUUCUUUUUUUCAGCAUUAAUGCCUGUGUGUAGUGACUGUCCCUCGCAGGUUUCCGGAUAAACAGUUAUGGAAAACUGGAAAUCUUGGGAGUAGCUGAGGUGACACAAGCACUCGCACCCACCAUAGCUGAGUGUGAUUGGCUGGGAGACCCAUUAAUCAAGCUAAAACACACUCCUAAAUAACUACUUUUUUUUUUUUUUAAUCUUUGUGGAACAAUGAUUUUCAAAAUGUCUAGACAGACACAUUAGAAUUAAAAUGAUCUACUGAAAGCGGAACUUUUUUUUGGAAAACAAUUUAUUUACUUUUUGUUGUUGUUGAUGUUCAUUCUUGAUGUUUGGGAAAUAAUUAUACAUGGUGAAGAGAAUCUGAGCUCAAAUGUCCACUUAUUGAUUCUGAGUCUUCAGCCACAUCUCACAGUCUUCUCUUCAACACUCUAAUUCAUUAUUAACUGGACCUCUGACCUUUGAUUCCCUUCACCAUUUAAUUACUUUUGUUUGUUUAAAAUGUUUAUCUUUCACGUCACAAACUUUGCUCUGCUGGACCAACACUCACUGUGAGCUCCGAGGCUCUACGUCCUUUUAUUUUUUUAAUCCUUCACAUACUUCUAAUUUCACUUCACUGUCUGGUUUCUAUUAAUUUCUGUUGAUGUCUGUUAAUGAUGAUGUUUAUUUUGUAUUGAUGUCUUGUCAGUGGGAUGCAGGGGAGGGAUCACUCUGUAGAGAUGAGAAUAAUAAAGAUGUAUUUAUUUUCAGUACA